CUCGUUACAUUAGAGGGCGUCGACGAGCAUCACUCCCACUGUUCGGCAGCCUGAGAAAAGAGCUCGCAGCAGGGUUGAGCACCAUGAUCACAGAAGUUCUUUUGGCCCUUGUUCUGGGGGUGGUUGUCUACGUGCUGCUUUUGAAGGGGAAGCAGGAAACCCUGCAGACAGAAGACGGUUGGUGGGGCAUCGGUGAGCCCACACAGAUCCCUGAGGAUGAAAGUAUCCAGCCGUUCCGGAUAGAGACAUCCAGCGAGGAGAUACAGGAUCUGCACAGAAGAAUAGAUCAGACACGUACUUUCCCAUCCCUGGAGGACAGCCAGUUCAAUUAUGGAUUCAACUCCUGUUACCUGCAGAAAGUUAUCUCCUACUGGAGAAAUGAAUUUGACUGGAAAAAGCAAGUGGAGAAACUGAACAGAUACCCUCAUUACAAAACCAAAAUCGAAGGUAUUGACAUUCACUUUGUCCAUGUACGGCCUCGCGGUCUCCCCGAUGGCACUGCAACUAUUCCCCUACUCAUGGUCCAUGGCUGGCCGGGUUCUUUCUACGAGUUCUACGGGAUCCUACCCCUCCUCACAGAACCUUCCAGCCCUGAUGACAUUGUCUUUGAGGUCGUCUGCCCCUCUUUGCCUGGAUAUGGCUUUUCAGAGGCGCCUUACAAGAAGGGAUUCAACUCUGUGUGUGCAGCCAGGCUGUUCCACAAGCUGAUGAAGAGGUUGGGCUUCAAUCAAUUCUACGCUCAUGGGGGAGACUGGGGAUGGCUUGUCACCACUAACAUGGCCCAGCUGGAACCCAAAACAAUUAAGGGACUCCAUCUCAACUUUGCACCACCCUCCAAGCCCAGUCUACCCAUGAUGCUGUCCAUAAUGCUGGGCUCUCGGUUCCCCAAGCUGUUUGGUUUCACGGAGCAUGACCUGAAGCGGCUUUUCCCCUACAUGGAUAAGGUGCUGGUGGAAUCCUUGAAGGAGACGGGCUACAUGCAUAUUCAGGCCACCAAACCCGACACAGUUGGAAGAGCACUAAAUGACUCUCCUGUGGGCUUAGCUGCCUACAUCCUGGAGAAGUUCUCGACCUGGACUGAUCCUGAGUUCAGAAACAUGGAGGAUGGCGGGUUGGAGAGGAAAUUUUCUUUGGAAGAUCUCCUCACCAAUGUUAUGAUUUACUGGACCACUGGUUCUAUCAUAUCCUCAAUGCGGUUCUACAAGGAGAACUUCGGCAAAGGCCUGGACGAGCCGCAUUCAAAGAUCCCCGUGUAUGUGCCCACAGCCUUGGCUUCCUUCCCCAACGAGCUCAUGCACUCUCCCAAGCUGUGGGUGAAGCAGAAGUACCAUAAGCUGAUAUCUUUCACCCCAAUGGCCCGAGGGGGACACUUUGCCGCCAUGGAGGAACCAGAGCUGCUGGCUAAAGACAUCCAGAACUUCAUUAAGAUUCUGGAGAACAGGAAGAUGAAAUGACCCAAUUCACUGCUCAGGAUAUGCCGGGGUGGGGGGGGAAGGGGUGCCCAUCUCCUGUGGUGAUUUGCAUACAUCUCAUAGUCUUCAGAAGUGUCAGAAGCUGAGAGCUUAAGGCUGAUUUCAGUAUCUGCAUAAUAUGCUUCGCUCUGUUUUCCUUGUGCUCUGCACUGAGAGAUGCUCAUAGGAAGUGACUGAGCUCCUGUGUUCAUGACAGUCGUGCAGCUCCAAGAAACAGUCAGCUGAGCCUUCCUGUAUGCUGCUGAUGUAGUGUUUGUAGGCUCAUAGUCAUCAUGCUGCUUAAAAUAUCACAUAGAUAUCACUAAGUUUACACUUUACACUUGCAGUAUUUUCAAGUAAUAAUCUCUCAAUUAUAGUUGUUUUGUCAGUGAUCAGUUCAGUAUUUGAACUGCAGUGGGAUAAUUGGAAUUUUCUACUAUAAUUCCAAGGCUAUUUUUAGUACAUACUGUACUUCAUUUUAGAUCAAAAUUAAAAUAUUUUGAAAUCUGAGGUCUAGGGAAAAAACUGCUAAUAAAUUCUUUUCUACAAUCCUGAAAGACUUGUCAUUUUUCUAAAGCUACACAUUAGUACAGGUAGUAGACUCGAUUUGUUAUCACUGCUUACCAUUGUACACCAGGGUUGUGUUAAGUGUUAAACGAUGUGUAAAUUCCUGCCAAGAUGAAAGCUCACCGUUAUCGUAAACACCGUCCCUGAUUUCUCACCGCUUACAGCAUUCAGGGCUUUAAACUCUCCACUUAAUUUACUCUGUUUAUGAUGUGCACUUUGCCCCGGAGAUUAUUUUAGGAUUUAUUAGAAACCUGUGGCACAGGAAUAUCAGAAACCACAAGUGGCUUAUUCUGUACAUCAAUCACUGAACUGGAACCAGUCCGUCUUUCAUUCCUUUUCAAAAUAGCUUCCCUGGGAAGGAUUUCACCGAUAACUUGAGCUGUAAAAAGGCACAAAUCCCCCGAUUUCAGCACGUCUACUGUAGGGUGGGCUAGAGCAGGAAUCACUCGCCUUUGGGGGGCUGUGUAUAUGUAUUUUUUCAGGCAGCUAUAAUUGAUUAUGCAGUUACGUCCAGUAUUUUUUUCCCCAGAGACAAACUGGGAUAUUAAAGCUAUGUGUUGUCAUUGUAACAUAAUACCUAUUUCUAACACAGGUGUACAGAUAUUGAGCCACUUUCCACAGGGUAGGUCUAAGCUGUUUCAGCCUGUCACCCAACAGGCACUGCUCCCGAGUCCCACACCAGUCCACCAGGGGGCUCCACCUAGUCUUUUUGGGCUGGACUUAGCCAAGUGCCACACCUCACAAAUUAACACUUCCUUAAUUUAGAUAGUAGGAUGUCUUCACGCAGGAAGAUGAGGGACUCUGCUGACUCUACAAAGGUACGCCAGAAGGACCCGGACUUGCGCCAGCCGCUGUCCUGACCGAGCCCGCUGCGGGACCAAGCCGCAGAGCUCCAGCUGCAGCCGGACCCCGACGAUUCCCAAGCUCCGCGCC